AUGGCACUUAAGGUUCUUUUAGAAUUGGUUUGGAGAGUGAAAAGAGAGGAAAUCUUGGACUGGAAAGAUGAAGAUGGCAACACAGUCUUUCAUAUUGCUGCUUCCAUGAAUCAAACUGAGGUUCUGAUAGGCUAUGUGCUCGAUUUUCAGGUGUUGAAGUUGCUACAUAGCACCGUUAACAUAGAUGCCAAGAACUUGGAUAGUAAGACCGCAAUGGACCUACUCCAAAUCACAUGUCUCCUAUUUUCACCAGAGCAACUAGGCUUCUCCACAGUGCUCUAA